AUGCCUUCCCUCCACGUACACCCCGGUCCACUGCUCAAGAGUAGCCAACGCUGGCUCAGAGUCGGUCAAGAUCCUGAAGAUGGAGAGACCAUUAACUUCACUGGGAUCAAGAUCUCGGUUUCUUUGAAGGACACUAAUGAUUCUGUGUUUGCGGUCAUCCCUCCUGGACAAUUGGUUACUGCGGAACAUGAUCUAUCGGCACUGUUUGACUUUGCUUCAGCUCGUCCAGGAACAUUCAUGUUCACACCUGUGAUGUCCUUCUAUAUCACUAGUCCGGAACCUAGAGUCACCGAUGGGGCGAGCCUUGAUAAGGUUUCGGUAUUGUCUAGCUCUGUCGAUAUGAACAUCUCUGGCGACUUGACCAAGCAUGAUCUUUUUCCUGUCCUGAAUACCUGUGUGGUUGAUAUCUGUACUAACAGUACCAAAGCGCACAUUAUCGAUGCAAGCUAUAUUGGGGCAAAAAGUAUAGCUUCAUCGGCGUCCUCUUAUAUUGAAUUGAAUGGUGAUGAUUCUCUUUACACUUCUUACUUCGGCACUAUGCUGACAGACAUGGUUCGCACAGUGUUUGAUAGAGUCGCAAAUGAAGCAUCUAACACAAGGACGAUAGACUGCACGGAUCCAUUCGUUUCAUGUGGAGUUCAGCCAGGUAUCAUUGUGUAUACUGUCUUACCUGAUUCAGAUAUUUACUUCUGCAAUCCCUUUUACUCCUUGGAUUCUAGUCCGGCUAUUCUGGAUCUUACCCAUGCAACUUCCGAAACCAUCGAUGUCAUCUAUGGCUGCGCUAAUGACUGGGCACUUCUUCCUGUUGAACAAGCUGUCAAUGCCGACAAUUAUAACUGCUUCGCAAAGGUGGUUUACAAGGCCACUAUGUGCAGUUAGAAAUAUUGUUGCUUACAGAUGUAGGAUUUCACCCAAUUGAAGUUCUAAAUUUCACUUAAUAGUGUUGUUAGUAUCUGAGAGAC